AUGGUUUAUGACUUCGAGGAACAUAAAGAGGAGAAAUCGCCGUUCGAGGACAUUUUGACCCGUGACACCAUGGAAAUGGAUGGCAACAUACAUUGGAAUGGAGCAAGUGGAGAUACCGCCAGUGAGAUCGCACAAAACAGGGCCAACCUCAUGUGUGAUGAAAUCAGAAAACCUGCUAGAAAGAUACAGACAAUCAGUGAUGCAGAAUGGGAUAAAUGGGUCGAAGAGGCACGGAAGAGAAGGGUCCUCAGGGAAAAGGCAGUGCAGGACGAACAGGUGUUGAAGUACCUGAGAGAAAAACGAAUCAAGUUCCAGAUGAAGCGAGCCGAAAUGUACGAAAAUCAACUGGCACGGGAUGCCGAACGGGACAAUAGGCACCGUCAGUGGUACGAGGCUUUUUUCAACCAAUUCCAUGAUAUGGAUGACCUUGAUGAAUUUCCUGCUGGAACAUGGAAGGCGGGUACGCCAGAGGUCGGCCUAUUGCAUAGGCUGCGCAAAUUGCAGGAUCGCACCAUGAAGGAUGCAACCGAUUACUUUCAUGGAGUUGUAACAAGAAAGGACCCCAAAACUGGGAACCAGGUAUUUUAG